UUUUGUUUAAAACUACUGGGUUAUCAUUAUCUUUUCUGUCCACAACACAACGGUACCGGCCUAUGCAGUGCCGACGUACGACCAAUGUUUGUCAGAGCAUCAGACCUUGACCUAGUUUGACCAAGCACCUCUGUUUACUUGAUGAAGAACGGCCGAAUUUAACAGUACCAUGAACAACAAAACAUCUUGAAUUAAACUGAAAGAGUUGUUAAAAAAGUCAAUUGACUGAAAAACAGAUCCAGUGUUGGAUGUUGGUGUGAUAAUAGAAGAAAGUUCAAUUAAUUAUGGAUGCCGAUCCUGAUUUGGACAAGAAAGAUGUACGUCGUCCAAUGAAUGCCUUCUUGAUUUUCUGUAAACGACAUAGAAGUAUUGUAAGGGAGCGAAAUCCUCACCUUGACAACCGAAGUGUGACUCGUAUCUUAGGAGAUCUAUGGGCCAACAUUGGUGAUGAGGAAAAAAACAAGUAUACUGACCUUGCAAAGCAGUAUAAAGAUGCCUUCAUGAAGGCUAAUCCUGACUACAAGUGGCAUAAUCCAGAGAGAAUGACUCAGUUACCAACUACCAAACCAUCAAAUAAACCAACCAAUGAGAGAGUACCUUCUGUCAGUACAUUUGUUCCAGAUGAUGGCCCUAUUGUACCGGGAAAACUAGCUGAUCCAUCAAACAUGGGAGGAUUAAGUAUGUUAAUGGAAGGCAUCCAAGUGAAAAGUAACCAAUUUACUGCAUCCAGGAAGGCUGAGCAAAAUACUAAACCAGUCAUCUUGCCUUUAUUGACAGCCACAUCUCCCUUCCACUCAUGGCCCUCUCACCAGGAUUUUGCUCUUGAAGAGGAAAGGAAGUUGGUGAUUGAUGAAGUUAAUAUAACACCAGAAGAAAAAAAUACCACAACCAACUUUAUGCAAGUAAAACAAGAAGCUUGUUCUUCAGAGCAUCUUACUAACCAAGAUCAGGAAGAAGAGAACCCAGAUGAUCCAGAUGACGAUGCUAUAUACUCUUGUGGAAAAAUUGUCAUGGAUCAUAUAAUCGAUAAACUUUACUUGUCUACCAUCAAAAAUAUUGGACAAAACAAAAAACCUGCUGCUAAAAAAUCUCCACCAAAAGGAAGAAAUGAAACCAUUGAUUCCUCUAAUAAAGCAUUUUUGUUGCCUCCAUCACAAGGAAGGAAAUCCUACCACACUAGUAUUGCUGUUAAAAACCUUUUAGAAUUCACUCGCAAGGCUGCUGCUCAUGAUGAGGCUAACUUAAAGCCACAUGGACAGUCGGUAACACCAAUGCAAGAACCAGGUACAAAUACAGUGUCUGAAGCUAAGCAGAAAUUAAAAGACUUCUGUUUGAAGAAAGAAGGUCGACCAAAAGUUGUUAGUGGAAAUGAAAAUUCUGGAGACAGUUUUGAUGUCAAAGAAUUUAAGAGAAAAAGAUGCUAUUCUGAAAGCUGUGCAGAAUUGUACAAACAUCAAGAGAAAAGGAUCAAAAUUGAAUCUGAUAGUUAUAAUGAAAAUGGAGAUGAUACAAAAUCAUCCAGUCCAUCUAAUGGUGAUGAUUAUCAACCAACAAGAAAGUCUCGUCGGCGUAAUAGGGGACAGAGAUACCAAGAGCUGAUAAAUGAAGGGAUCAUACAGCCAUCUAAAGCCAGGAUUGCAGCCAUGAAAACCGAAGCAAACGUGAGGAAUAUAAGCUUUAAAGAAUCAUUCCUGAACAAGCGAGCUGAAGACAUAGGAGAUGAAGUGUUAUCAGUUUACCCCAGACAGAUACGCAAAAGAACCAUGUCAGAAUCAGAGAAAAAUCGCACAUUUUAUGAUGAGUCCAGUAGAUAUAGAACAGGUGAUUUUGACCUGGAAGCCCAUAUCAAAACUUUGCCUGCAUGUUCAUUAGAGAAAGUAGUCAAACCAAAGAGAAAUGUUGGAAAAUGUUUGUCUGAGAGUGAUUCUGGUAACCAAGCAAUGGAUGUAUCAUCAUCACCAGAAAACUUUCUAGAGGUAAAACUGACAGUUCCGCCACACAUAAAAGCCAAGCCAACAGAUGAUGGUGUUCCAGUUGUUGGGAGUAGGAAAAGAAAGGCUAGAAAACACUCCAUAACACAUCUACAGCCUGUCAAAGAUGCUCCAAAAACUGAUAAAACAACAACAUUAGCAGGAGUGAUCAAACAGACAAAUGAACCUCUCAUUGAAACACAUGAAUAUAGUGAUGUCAAGGGAGAUAAAUCUCCAGAUGGAACUGAAGAAAGUAUUAUAAAGGGAGAUAACUCUAUUGAUGAUGUGAAUGAGAUGAUUAGUUCAGUGUAUAAAGACACAACAGAUGUAGCCACUAGGAAAAAUUGUCAAGGCUUAGACAAUGAGAAAAAUGAGAUUUUAAAUAAACAGUGUUGUAUGCUUUUAGAUAAUACAGCAGAUAAAAUUCCGCAGCAUUCAGACAUUUUAAUAGAUUUGAUGGGGGGUGUUUGUAAUCAAAAUUUUACAAAAUUAAAAGAGUUAACUACAAAAGACACCAAGUCUCCUGAAGAUUUUUUGUCUGUAACUGAAAGUUCCAUGCAUUCAAAUAACUUACCUUCAUUCAUCAAAACUACAUUCUCAGACCAUGAUGAAAAUUCAAAUGAAACAGAUUAUUGUAACUAUAGCAACAACAGAUCUUCAUGUAGUUUAGAAGAAAAAUAUGUGAUAACAAAUAGGACUUCUGAUAAUUCAUUAUGUGGUAGUGAAGACAAUGUUACCGUGGUAACAGCUGUUUCUGUUGCUCUUCCUGUAACAACAGAAGACAGUUCCCAUGGUGAUAAUAGAAUAGAAACACAAAAUGUGCAAGUUUCUAUGUCUACAUGUGAUAAUCAAACUUCAUCAGUUGCCAUGACAACAAUACAGCCAUCUCUUACAUGUUUAUGUUGAUAAAAAAUGCUCAUUGUUAUUGUGUUCUUUGUAUAUCCUAUGCAAACUGCAAGUUUUGCCUUCAUUGUUAAGUAAAUAUUAUUGGUGUUGUUUAUCUAUUGGUGCAUAGAGUUUCCUAUACUAUAUAUUUAGUUAUAACAUGAAUUUGUAGUACCAUUGACAUAAACACAAGUUUAACGUGAAAUUGAAAUGCACUUUGUACUAAAUAUGAACUGUUUUCUCUGUUAUGUAUUUUAAGUAGUAAAUUUAUGAUAGCUUCUCAUUUAAUGAGCUUUUAACCUCCAUCUUCCAUCCAAUAGUUUUAAAUUCAUAUUUCCCCCUUUUACCAACUCAAAUAUAUUUCUGUUUUAACUUGCAUACAUUUAGCCAUUCACAAAUCAAUGAUUGUUAUAAAACUUGACAAUAUUUAAAUUUGAUCUUUUAGAGUUAAGAUUGCAUAAAUCAAAUUGAGCCCCGGGUGCAUAGAAAAUUAUAUAGAUGAUGCAUGUAAAAAAUGAAUAUUGUGCAUUAAGGCAAAAAAAAAAUUGUAUGUUUAGGUUUCCUUGACUGUAGUUCAGAACUUUAAGGUUUGGUCACAAGCUAGAAAAUAUUUAUGUCUUCAACAGAUUAACCAGUUCCAUAACAAUACAUAUCACUUUACCAAAAAAAAUCUCAUUUGAAAACUGUCCAUGAACAGUGAUGAUGAUAAAUACUUAUAAUACAGGUGCAAUUAAUGUUAUUUUGAUAUAAUUGGGUCAAUAUGUGCAAUUUAUUCAGUUAGGCAGUUAUAGUAACAUUUAAUUGUCCAUAUGUAAACUUAGAUUUGUGAGAUGGCUCAUUUUGAAGCUGGACUUUUUCACAGAUGUGGUUACAUUUUAGGGGUACCAUGUUAGAUUAAAUUUUCUCUUCACACAAUGAAAUUCUAUUGAAUUCAGUUGUUUGCAAACAUUUACUAAGUGUAUAGCUUUUUACAUCUUUAUUCUUUGGUUCUCGAUCUGCACUUCAAAACAGCACAAAUGGUCAUUAAAAUAGCAAGAUGUCCAAUAUCAUUGCACAGAAUUCUUUGUUUACCUAAUAUUAUUGUGAACUUCACUUUAAGGCUAAUUUUAGUCAUGUAAGUAAAAACGCAUUUGUAAGAUAAUGUUACUAUUGUAAGAUAACGUUACCAUUGUAAGAUAAUGUUACCAUUGUAAGAUAAUGUUACCAUUGUAAGAUAAGGUUACCAUAAUCAUGUGAUAAUUACCUGGAGUAAGUACAGAUGUGAUGCUUUCUCCGGGAUACUCAAUUUUGUAUGUUGUGCCAUAUUGGUGCCCAUUAUAAUUUUACUUUUUUAAGGCAUUUUAUCAGUUGGGUGUUAAAUAUUGUGCGAAGUUGGAGUGACGUUCUUUGGGAAAUGCAUAUAUAUUUAUCUAAUUUUAGAUCAGGGGAGAUAAUUCUUAAGCAUUCGUGAAAACCACAAUUUGUGUCAUAGUCUUUUUAUUUUAUCACAGUUUACAUUAUUUGUAUUAGCAAUUAAAUGUUUUUAUCUUUCAUUGAAACCUAAUGAGAGUAUGAAGUUGGUGCUUAUAUUUAUCCACUGGUGAACAGCAUUCCAGAAACAACAGUCAUGACAGUUCACUGUGCCAAUCAUUUAUGUUUUGACUAUUCAUAUUUUGUAUUUUUAUUUUACAAAUUAAACAGGUAUGAAAAUGUAAUAUUGACAGUUUGACUGAAUAAUCAUGAUAGAAAAUGAAUUUAUGCUUUAUCCACAUUAUAGAUGUUAACCAACUUUCUAACUUUUGGUCAAUAUUGAAUAUUGAGUCGUUACAUAAAACAUUUUUUUUCCAAAAAUAAUUUCGAAAAUUGUCCUCAUUUAAGGAAUGACUGUAAUAUUUUUUCUGUCUAUGAUGAAAUAACAUCAAAAAUGUGGUGCACACUGAAUAACCCGCGUAGCGGGUUAUUUUAGAGUGUGCACCACAUUUUUCAUGUUAUUUCGAAUAGACAGAAAAAAUAUUACAGUCAUUUCUUAUAAUUUAAUUCUAAAUUCCAUUUAAAACCGUAGUAAACCAUGAAAAAACGUUGAUGACGUUACGGUCACAUGACAAAAUUAUGUCUAUGAGCUGAUAAACAAAACAACGUCAGCCAAUCAGAAGACGCAUUACAUCCAAAAUUAAAUUAUAUAAAUUUAAACCAAAUUAUUUUAGAAAUAGUUUAUGAACAUUGUCUGUUCAUUCUGUAUACUAAGAUGUUAUUUUACCUAGACACUGUAGGUGCUUUUAGUUUCAAUUACUGUUUUGUCUUGUAUGUCAAUGUAUAUACUGGAUGGUCAUUUGUAACUUCUUUCACUGAAAGUUGAGAUGAUUUAGAGUUCCGUAGAAACUAUGAUCUGAUAUUUAUGUUGCUUUAUUUUCCUCAACCAAACUAUGAUCUCAAAAUCCUCACUUGUAAUUCACUGUCAAUCAUUAUUUAAUAUUCAAAUACUAUCUUUCUGUUUAUUCACAAAUCUAUUUUUUUUAAAAUUCUGCACAUGUUUUUACAUAAUCUUAUGAUUAAAAUUGUUUGUAAGUUAUAUUGAAAUAUUGAAAUGUUCAUGACUUACAAGUUCUUUUACUCGUAAGACUUUUUGUCAAAAGAGCUGUUGGACUGGGCUGCACUAGCAUCAAUUAAAUUUGCAUUAAAUCUGAUGUACUGGUAUUUGUUUAAGAAUGAUUUGAUGAAAGCUGAAAAUUUAAAUAACAUUGAUGUUAAUUGACCCUUGUACAAACCAGCCCAGGUUAUCAAAAGAUUCAUCUAUUCUGAAAGUAUGAUGAAAACAUCUAUAAAAAAAACAAAUAUAAGUUUUAUUUAAUGAUUAAAAUAUUUUUCUGUCCAAAUGGUGUUAAAUACUCAAACCCAAAAAUACCUGAAACCAUAGCAGAAUUUGUUCAAGAGUCAACACAGGAUGUUUUUAAGAUGGCAGUUCUUUUAUAGUGUGAUCAUAACUAAUCUAGACCCUAGGUAAUUUAGAACUUGACAUUUUGUACAGACACUAAUUAAUCAUUUGUUUAAGACUAUUUUGUCCUGUAUCUUUUUGUUGGGUUACUGUUUUAUUGACAUGUUUUAUCAAUAUGCCUUACAUGUACUCAGAAUAAUAUAUGCUAUUGUUAAUAAGUGUUUGGCAUUUAUUGACUUGUUUGCUUAAUUGUUAUAGUCAUCCUGUUUAAGAAGGUCAUCAUUGGGACCAGAGAAAACUGACCAUAUAAGAGAGGUGACCUUUCAAUUGUGGUUCAAAAUGUAUAGGUAUUAUUAUAGCAGAACAAAAUGAGGGUUUUCUUGAUGACAAGACAGGUUUUUUGUGUGAUAGAGCGCUGACCUUUAUAACAGGUUUGACUAAUUUCACACAAGUCAAAAUAUUUUUGAUUUGAUCGUAUAAUAAAUACUGUAGAACUUUAAUUUUCAAACACCUAAGGGACCACCAGCAACUGUUGUACUAAUAGAUAUUUUACCAUUAGUAAGGAUUAUUAUCCUUUAUACACACAUGAAAGAAAAUGAUUGAAAUUUGUGAUGACCUGAUAUAAAUGCCCUGAAAAAUCAACUGGUUCAUUUUAUUUAGUGUUUAUGGAAAAUUCAAAUAAAAGACCACAGACAAAAAAAAAUUGGAAUUAUGCUAAUUUUUAAAGGUCACUGGAGGGAAGUCUAAAACUAUUACAAAAUUAAUAGUGAAAAAUACUAGACUGAUUAAUAUGAGAAGAAUUGAUUCUGAAAAGAUGUAGAAUAAAAUCCUCUAAAUCAUAGUAUAUUUUUCUGAAUCCAGAGUAACUGUGAUAUUAGUUUACAUUUUGUUGUGGUUUCUGGAAUCUACACACUAAUGUAAAAUAUUUUGUCAAAUAUACACUAUUAAAUAAAAUUAGUGAUUUCAGUUGUUAAUCAUGUUCAUAUUGAACUUUAACAGACACAAUGCACUGGUAAUUUUAAAAUAAUACAAAUUUUUAUUUAUAAGUUUGAUGAAGAAAACUGUUAUUUAAUGUUAUGGAGUAGAGUUGUGAUUUAUUGAUGAACUGUACAUGAAAGAUUCAAAAUCUAUAAACAAUAAAUUAGAUUUAGUCUGAAA